GAGAAUGACACACACACACACACCACUCACACGCUUACACCGCAGCAACAACACCAACUACUCACAGAUACUAUUGAAGUUUUACAGAGAAAAACUGAGUUUAAACCUAUAGGAACAUACACCAUGUAUGAUGACUCAGUGGUGCAGAAACUGCCCACUAUGAUUUUGAAUGUUGCAGGAAAAGAUGUUACAUUUAUGGUUGACUCGGGUGCAACACGCACAGUGUUAAAAUACUCUGAAAUACCUGAGGCCAAACUCAGUGGCAAUUUCAUGUAUUCCAUUGGUGCAUGUGGAACAACAGUGAAAGAGAACUAUACAUCUCCAAUUACGUGUUCUCAUCCUGAACCAUUUACUAAAGUAAAGCACUCAUUUUUGCUUUCCCAAGUCUGUCCAUUCAACUUGUUAGGACGAGACUUGAUGAUGGCUUUUGGCAUCGACCUGAUUUCGACACCAGAAGGAGUUAAAGCUGUGAGACGAACAACUCCACCCAAUCCUGAAGCCUAUAUAAUGGCUAAGUAUCAACCUGAUUUAAUCUCCUCGCUGCUCUACAUAUACCAAUGGAAAGUUGAGAGUGUUUUGGCUCCAUCUCUAACUGAACGUGCACAUGCACUGGUUAGCCCAACUGCAGCUUUCAUGCAGCCUGAGGCACUCCAUUGCACGUCACACGUGACAACUGACCUUGACAGAGACUAUGAAACUAAAUGGUGGACUGACAUCAAAGAUACUCUACUGACUGACUCUCUCUACUGGACAGACCUGCGAUGUGCACUUUCUGUCAGCUUAACAGCUGAACAACAACGAUUUUUUCUGAUUAACAAUUCACAUCCACAUAUUUCGCUUUCCAAAGGACAAACUGAUCAAUGGAGAGAUUUAGGUCCAUGGACAAAAUCAUGCAUUGAGCUCAAAGAUUGGCAAUCUACACCUGACCCACAUGUGUCGUACUCGCCAAAGGGGGGUGUUUUCAAAACUGCAUGCAAAUUAACUGUGGCUACUCUGAAAUCUGUCUACUUGCUAGACCACAAUCUUGAUAAAACCGAACACAUACACCAAAUGCUCUCCGCAGAACAGAUCCAUCCAGCCCUUGCACAAGUCCCACCCAAUCUGUGGGCACAAGGCAAAUAUGAUGUAGGUCUCAUAAAAAAUUGUGAACCUGUAAUAGUCACUCCUAAGUCUGACUACAGACCAAAACGAGUUCAGUACCCUCUGCGUCCGGAAGCCGUCGACGGCAUUAAACCUGUUUUUAAAUCCUUAUUGGAAGCUGGUGUUAUUAUCCCAUGCAAUGACUCACCUGUCUGCACUCCUAUUUUUCCAGUUCAAAAAGCUAGAGAACCACCAUCUCUACCCGAGUGGCGAUUUGUUCAAGACUUAAAAGCAGUUAAUGCAGCUGUUCAUGCCAGAACACCAAGUGUUCCUAACCCCUACACUUUGCUUUCACAAGUUCCAUCCUCUGCUAAGUGGUUUUCAGUUGUUGAUCUAUCAAAUGCAUUUUUCAGUGUUCCUGUUCACAAGGAUUCUCAGUACUGGUUUGCAUUCCAGUUCAACGGGAAAGGUUAUACUUUCACCCGUUUAUGUCAGGGUUUCACUGAAUCACCAACAAUUUACAAUCAGGCUUUAUGCGAAUCAUUGUCGCCUCUAGCGCUCUCUGAUGGCACUGCCUUACUACAAUAUGUAGACGAUCUUCUGAUCUGCGCUCCAACUGAAAAACAAUGCAUAACUGACACUAUCAAACUGCUCAAACAUCUGGCAGAAGAAGGACACAAAGCCAGCUUAAACAAGCUACAAUUUGUCAGACAAGCUGUGACCUUCCUGGGUCACAUAAUUUCUGGUGAAGGCAAAACUAUGUCUCCAAAACAUAUUGAAGCUAUCCAAAAGAUUCCAAAACCAAUUACCCAAAAACAAAUGCUAUCUUUCCUGGGGAUGUGUUCCUACUGUCGCGCUUUUGUCCCUAAUUUUUCUGAGGUUGAAAGACCCCUCAGGACCUUGUGUCACCAAUCAGGCAUGACCUCUCGCUCACAACUUGAGUGGACACCGGAAGCAGACACUGCAUUCCUGAACUUGAAACUUCAACUUCAGUCUCCUCCCACACUUGGACUUCCUGACCCAACCAAACCAUUCACUCAGACUGUGGAUGAACGUUCGGGUUGCAUGACUUCUGUCCUCCUACAACCUCAUGGUGAUAGGCUCCGUCCUGUGGCAUAUUUCUCGGGUAAACUCGAUCUUGUUGCAGCAGGCAUGCCAAAAUGUCUCAGAGCUGUAGCAGCUGCUGAAAAAGCCCUUUUGGCCUCAAGAGAUAUAGUUGGCUACGCUCCUUUGACUCUUCUUGUGCCACAUGCGGUCUCUUUGAUCCUUUCUGAGCAGAAAACAUCACACCUUUCGGCUGCUAGACACCUUAGGUAUCACACGUGUCUUCUUGACAUGCCUAAUGUCACUCUUAAGAGGUGUACUGUUCUUAACCCUGCUACUCUGCUCCCUCUUCCACAGGAUGGUGAGCCUCAUGAUUGCAUGGCUGAACUUUCAGCAUCUUGUUCUCCAAGACCUGAUCUGACAGAAACGCCCUUGACAAAUCCUGACCUUGUCCUCUAUGUAGAUGGCUCUGCUUCAAGAGACCCAGUUACAGGUCUCUGCCGUGUUGGUUUUGCUGUUUGUUCUGACUAUGACGUGAUGAUGUCAUCAUCUCUUCCACCUCACUUCUCAGCUCAAGCUGCAGAACUUGUGGCCUUAACGACUGCCUGCCAAUUAGCUAAGGGUAGAUCUGUAAAUAUCUACACUGAUUCCAGAUAUGCUUUUGGUGUUGUUCAUGACUUUGGUGCACUUUGGAAACAUAGAGGUUUUCUGAAAUCUGAUGGCAAGCCUGUUUUGCAUCACACACUCAUUGCAGAUCUCUUAGAUGCCAUCCUUCUUCCUUCUGCCAUUUCUGUGUGUAAAUGUGCUGCUCACACUAAUGCCUCUGACCCGAUUUCUACAGGUAACGCUCGAGCGGAUGCAGCUGCGAAGGCAGCUUCUCUUCUCCCUUUGUCUACCUCUUCUGUAUCACAUACUUUGGUUUCAGUUUCUUCUGACGUGCCAUCUUCCCUCAGUGCUGUUCAAUCUUUUGCAUCUCCAAAAGAUAAGCAACUUUGGAGAAACGCAGGUGCUUCAUGUCAUGAUGGCAUCUGGAUAGGCCCCGACAACAACCCGUGUUUGCCUUCCCAUUUCUUCCCUCACUAUGCUAAAUUGACGCAUGGGUCUGACCAUGCAUCAAAAGGAGGGAUGCAGCAAAUGAUUAACACAUUUUGGUUCACAAAAGGGGUUUCUGCCUAUGCUCAAAAACACUGCCAAGCCUGUGUUAUCUGUGCUACUCACAAUGUAGGCAGGGCAAUCCAACCUUCCCAACAAGCUGCUCAUCCUCAACCAACUCGACCUUUUGAGCAUGUCAUGAUGGAUUUUGUAGAACUAACUCCAUCAGAAGGAAAGUCUCAUUGUUUAGUGAUGGUAGACAUGUGGAGCAAAUGGGUUGAAGUGUUCCCAGCCUCAAAACAAUCUGCCUCAGUAGUAGCUAAAGCCCUUCUUACUGAAAUCAUUCCCAGAUGGGGAAUUCCAGCUAAAAUCUCCAGUGAUAAUGGCAGCCAUUUUGUUAAUUCAGCUAUCACUGAACUGAGCCUAUACUUAGGUAUUAACCUGAGAACACACUGUGCCUACCACCCAGCUAGUGGAGGUGCAGUAGAGAGGGAGAAUGGAACACUAAAGAACAAGCUGGCCAAGUGUUGUGAAGACACAGGUCUUCCAUGGACAAAAGCACUUCCUCUAGUGCUUAUGUAUAUGAGAAUGCGAAAACGAAACAGAACUAACUUAAGCCCCUUUGAGAUUCUUUUUGCAACUCCUCCUUCUGUAGGUGUGGAAGCUCCCCGAUCUCCACCCCCAUCAACAGCUCUUUGUGAUCACAACACACUAACCUACUGUACCAAUCUAUCCAAACAGCUCUCUGAUGUAAAGAAACAGGUGAUCGCAGCCCUCCCUGUUCCAGCCAGUGGUCCCCUGCACCAGCUCGAACCAGGUGACUUUGUGGUCAUAAAAGACUUCAGGAGGAAGUCGUGGAGGAACAGGAGGUGGCAAGGUCCGUUCCAGAUCCUGCUGACAACCCACACUGCUGUGAAGGUCGCUGAGCGGGCUACCUGGAUCCACGCCAGCCACUGUAGAAAGGUUCCAGCACCCCCUGCUGGUGCUCCUGGAAAACUACAAACUCCAGAGGCUGCUAAGUAAGACUUUGCGUUCGUAACAGGCACGCAGGCGACCAAGGGUCCGAAGAAAGAAGACAACAAGUGGCGGGCAGACGU